AUGGCCCAAACAAACAUCACCCUCUCCUCCAAAGUCAUCGCCAUCACCGGCGCAAACCGUGGCAUCGGUCUCGGAAUUGCGGAGUCCUGCCUCGUCAAUGACGCAGCUCGUGUCUACUCCCUCGACAUCGGUGAUACAACUGACGAAUUCCACGGCCUCUCCCAGCGCUUCCCCGACAAGCUCUUCGCCAUCCAUACCGAUGUGACCCAGGAGUCGAGCAUAGCAACAGCAGUUGACAAGAUCAUUGACGAGGCAGAUGCGCUGCAUGGAAUGGUGGUUAAUGCGGGACGGACGAAGCAUAAGCCUGCGCUGGAGUUCACAGACGAGGAGAUUGAGGCGUUGUUCUCUGUUAAUUUAUUCGGAUCAUUCUACACAGCUAGGACGGCUGCCCGAGCCUUUAUCCGACUAGGAAUAAAGGGCUCUAUCGUCUUCACGGCCUCAAUGGCAUCCUACCGACCAAACAAGCGCGUCCCCUCCGCUCCCUACGGCGCCUCCAAAGCCGGUAUCCGGAACAUGACACACACCCUAGCCAUGGAAUGGGCACCCCACAACAUCCGCGUCAACAGCGUCUCCCCCGGCCUCGUCAACACAGCCAUGACCUACUGGGUGCCGCAGCAGGAGGACUGGAAGCAGCAGCUGGAGUAUUAUGGUGGGUUUUCAAGAUUGGCGGAGGUGCAGGAAUUGGGAGGCGCGUAUGUGUAUUUGUUGAGUGAUGCGGCCAGUUAUACGACUUCGAUUGAUAUUCCGGUGAACGGGGUUAUUGGGAUUUGUUGA